AUGGAUGGUUUAGUCAAAAAGCUUCCGUCUGAUUCAUUAUCGACUGCAACCUUUUCCGACACUGUCGAGCCAAACUGUCAUGUAUCUGCACAAGCAUCAUCCCAUUACCCAUUGCAGCAGUCAUCCCUACCAGCACCCACUACUCCACAGAUUACAAAUCAGUCAUUAGCAUCUUCAACCACGAAACCUCACGCUGCAGCUUCCUCGAUGUCAAAGGCUCCGACCAGUCUUGUAAAAGCCAGCAAUGAGAGUCCUGUAUGGGCUGAGAGAGACCAGUCACUUUCAUCAGCUCAGUUGAAGCAACUUCGACAAGCAUUCAAAGCAAAAUUUUCAGAAACUACUCAACAGAUGUAUGCUGGGAGCAGCUCUGCAUCGCAGAGCUCUCAAUCCAUGCUCACCCAAUCGGGUGUUCCAGGCUCAGAGUCUGCUAUACUAUUGGCUCGCUCAACACAAUCGGAUCGCAAACAGUCUGGCUUGAAAGUCAUUCAACAACAACAGUUUGAAUAUGAAGAACUUGAACAGAAUCCCGACUGGGUUUAUGAUAAACUGGUUUCAAUGGGUUUUAAUGCAGGUUUGGCUGCUCAUGCAGUUCAAGGUGCAAUAGCAACGCUUGCUAGAAACGAUGAUCACACCAACUUGCUACGGUGUGCACUUUACAUUGCAUUUUUGAACAGUCUUGAGGACCCUAGUGAGCCACGCAGUGUUCAAUUUCAAUUUCGUUCUGCACUGUCAAAAUCACAACCCAUGCAUCGCAGCUUGAAGCCACAAAAAAGCAUACUGCGGAAUCAUUUGAGUUUGGACGACUCCAAUCGUGGAAAAAAUAUGCUUCGUAAAAACUGGUUUGAUAAAGCAAUCGGAUCACUUGGACUCGGCCCGUCUAUUGGAAAAAAAGACAAGAAUGCCAACGGAUUUGGAUCUUUGUUUACCAAAACAGUAUCUCCAACAAGUGCUUCUACAAAUGCAGAUCAACCAGUCGAUACAACAUUGACUCCUAUCUCACCUCAUAAUAAUAACACCACUUUUGGCACAAUCAACAAUGGCAAACCAGUAGAAAACAAUGGACCUGAUUCUAUAACACCUGUACCAGAAAACGCUGCUUCAUCUACAGCAACUCCAGAAUUAUCUGAUUCAGCGCACUUGCAGCGUUGUGUUCGUUUCAAGUUUCCAGAUGUUGCAAUCCCUCCAGAGCGUCUCAUCAAACCCACAAACGAGAAACUAUUUGAAGAUCAUAUGCAAGAAGUUGAUAUUGACGAUCAAGCAGAUAUUAUUGAUCUCAAUAAAGAAAAUACACUUUCCAAGACUGUCGCUGCUGCUGAAACUGCCAUGUAUCGAAACAACUCAAAAUCAAAUACUCAUCGCGAAAAACAAUCAUUCAUCUUAAAAAAGCCUAACGAGUUUACACCAACUGAACUACAUCAAUAUUACAUGCAGUUGUUGGCUCAUGACGAUCGCAAACACGUUCCUGCCCUAAUUAAUAUUCUUCGUGAAUCCGUUGAAACAAAUACAUUUCCCAAGUCUAUCAAUCUCUCUGGAAUCUCAAUCACUGUUGCACAUGCUAAAGCAUUUGUUGAAUUGCUUACAAUUGAUUUUGGAUUGCAAAGUUUGAAUUUAAACAACUGUAAUCUGGAUGAUGAAACACUCAAAAUGCUGCUGCAAUCAAUUCUUGGAUCGACUACUCUUUCUUGGCUUUCACUUUCAAACAAUCCUAAAGUAACAUUCCAGGGUGUCAAAUACAUUGCUGUUUUCUUGAAAAAGUCACCAUCUAUUCGGUAUUUAAACAUAUCAGGCAUUUUCUUGGAAAAUCAAGGCGCUUCAUAUAUUAAUCAUGCAUUAUCAGCUGAUGGUGAAAAAGGAUUUCGACAGUCAUGUUUGGAAGUAUUGUACAUGGACAACACAAAUCUCAAAUCUGCACAUCUUGAAAUCAUGAUUCAAGGGAUUUGUCGAUCAAAGCUGACUCACUUGUGUAUUCGACGAAAUGCGCUUUCUCCAGCCGCCGGGAAACAUAUUGCACGCAUUUUGGAAUAUAAAGAGGAUUCAACUGGUUUACAGAAUUCAAGUCGUGGUUUGGCUCUUAAAUUUUUAAACCUCCAGGAUAAUGAUAUUGGAAGCGGUGUGGUGGAUAUUGCUCACGCACUAGCACUAAACCGUCAACUUGUCCGGCUCAAUUUCCAAUCAAUUCAUAUGGAUGCCGCAGGUUUUAUUGCAGUCAUCAAUGCAAUGAAUAUCAACUCAACUCUUCGAACUCUUGAUGUUGGAAACAACUAUUUGUUUUCAUCGACUAAUUCUACUGUAAUUGAAGGACUUAAGCAAAUGUUGCUUGUAAAUAAUACUAUCUCUGGAUUAUUGCUAUCCAAUACAAAUAUGCAAACAAGUGAUAUAAUAUCACUCUCUGAAGUUUUGCCGCUAUCAAAAAGUAUUCAAAAGUUGGAUUUAUCACAUAAUAACUUUCAAGCAGCUGGGCUUAUGGCACUUGCUGCCGUCAUGAAUUCAAAUGCUCGAAUCACACAUAUUGCGCUUUCGCCUCUAAAGCCUAUCAAGGAAAAUGAAGCUACGGAGACGGAUAUACAUGUAUCCAAUGCUCUGGAUAAUAUGAGUAAGAUUUUGAAUCGAAAUGCAAAUACACAAUCACUGGAAACUUUGGAUACUCGUUUAGCUUGUGCCAUACCAUCUGAAGAAGGCAUACCAUCUACUGGUGUUGAGGGUGAUGACAGUGAUUCUGAUACGCCAAUGAAAAGCUCACUCAGUCGACGCGACAGUCUAUUAGUUCAGCUGAAUCAAUUUAAAAGCCGUCGAUCAAUGGAAUCGGUUAAAGAAGGUGCACAAAAUACAUCCAUGUCAAGUAGAUCAAUGUUAAAAGACGCAGCUGGCUCAUCGUUGGAAGUUGAGAAACGACUUUCAACUGCUGAAGCCACUGCUACUGUUUUGACUGAGAUGCUAGACUUGAUGCAUAUGCAAAUGCAAUCUGGUGUGCAACCUUCAAAAAGCCAGCGUGAGCUUCUCAAGCAACUACGAGAUGAGUCUUUGUGUUUUCAAAACAGGCUGCAGCACACCAUUGAUGAGAUUGAUGGCAAUGUUGAAAACGAGCAUCUUAUGGCAAAGACGUAUGAGAUCAGUGACCAUAUUGAUCAGACUUUUCAACGGUAUGAUGAGGUUGCUCGAGUCGCUGUAAAUCCUGAAUCCAAGGCGUUGGCAUCCGUGACUAUUCCAAAUCAACACGCACAUAUAUUAGCGCCUGUAUCUGGCUCAGCUCCGGCUUCUCCUCCAAAAGCUUCUUUUUCAACACCUGGUACUGAGGAUACAUCGUCAAUAUUGAAUGAGUCUACCAGUGUGAUAUUGGAUGCUGGCAUGGAUUCGACACAAUCUGGAUUACACAAUGCAUCCCCUACAAGUGAAGUGUUUAAACAAAUAGACCAGCAGUUUUUGCUCACAAACAAACCACCAUCUUCUAACUUGUCAGACAAUCCCAAACAACAAACUAUCUUGCCCAUCACAGUAGGACACGUGCUGAACUCAUCUGCUAGAGAUGCAACUGAUCCAAACUCGGCUGAGCAACAAAAAUUACCCGAUGCAUCAGGAUCUCAAUAUACAGCAAGUAGUCCUACUUUGAAGUCAAACUUUCCGCCGCGCGGUGCAUCCCUUGCUAUUGGUGGUAUCAUUGGGAACACGCCUGAUUCUCACUCUAUUGGACAACUGCUCCAACCCCCACUUCCCAUAUCACCUGUUUUUCCUACUACAUCGUUAUCUGACAUGAAUACUGAUUCAAAAAAUGUCAGUCCGCACAUGGUAACAUCUGCUCCCAGUUUACCCGAUACUUUAGUGACGGGGUCGACCACCACAAUUUCAACAGAGAAUUUUGUAUCCGACAAAUAG